UUAUCAUAGAUAGAACAAGUAUAGAACAUUAAUGUUCUCAUUUGAUAAAAAUAUCGCUACGAAAACGUCGUUCAAUUUUAAAAAAUAUUAUUGCUACUUAAACAUGUUACUCUUCGUACUUGUUGAACUCUUUCUUUUAGCUGAAAUACAGGGAAGAAUAGUAAAAGAUUGCUUGCAAAUCGAUAAUCACUGUUCUCAUAACGAUGACUGCUGCUCUCAUAAGUGUCUCUACUCAACUGAAUCAUCCAAUUCCACUUGCGUUUCAGAAGUAGAAAACUCAUUAGACUCGCCUUUAGCUUUGCCAAUUGUACCUCAAACCUUUUGUUUUUUUAACAGAAUUACGUGUUCGUCAGAUCAUGACUGUUACUGUUUUCAAAAAUGUUUUUUUAUCGAAGGAAAAUCUUAUGGGUUUUGUUCUACAGUAGUACCAAAUCCACCUAAAAGACAGACCACAACAGUUUUGAGUGUCGAAAAACCUGAAUCUUGUACUUUACUUGGAUCGCAUUGUUUAAAAAAUAAUAAUUGCUGUUCCAAAAAGUGUCAUCCACUUAAUUUUUGCACACCAAUAAUGGAGGAAUUACUGUCAAAAAAAGAUAGUAAUAAACAAACUACGACCAUAAAGGUCGCAGUUACGCAAUGCAGUUCAAUCGGUGACCGAUGCUCAGAAAAUACUGAUUGUUGUUCUAAUAAAUGCGGUCGAGGCGCAGGAAAGUAUUACCAUGCUUGCGUUUUAAACCCAAAUGAUUCGUUUGAUAAAAAAUUUUCCGAAUUAACACCAAUUAUCAGAAAACCAGCAGUUUGCAUUAUGCCUGGACAUUUCUGUGUUGCAAACGAUGAUUGCUGUACUAAAAAAUGUAUAAACUCGAAAGUAAACCCCCAGUAUCAUUACUGCCAGUCCGCUGACCUUCUUUAACAAACCAAAAACGUUUGCAAUGGCCUACAACUUGUUCAAAAGUAUACGCAUAUUUUGAAAAGUUUAUGACAGUCUUUUUUGAUUCAUUGUUUAUAAAUUAAUAUAUUUCAAUAAAGGCUAAAUGCAUUAUUAAA